UUCUUUCAAAACGACGAAAAAGGCGACCGAGCAAGAAAGAUUGACGUUUCUGCAGGGCCAUGGCUCCACAGAAUCGGAAAAGCUGGGCCAGAACUACGACGUGCAAGGAAGGAUCAUGGAUCCCGGGUCUGAAGAGCCCAAAGUUCUCCUGCUGCCAGUGCUCGCACUGCGCCACUGUCCUCGCCGAUACGGCCCACUGGACGAGCCUUCGUAAACCUCCGCUUCGGAGCCCCGUGACGAUCGGGGAUCGAGUGGCCGUGAAGCAGAGGAGCGGUGGGAGAGAUGGCGAGGAGGCGCGGGUGCGGAUGGGAGUGGUCAAGUACGUGGGAGACCUCAACAGCCCGUACACUAGCGAGCCAGUCUUCAUCGGAGUCAAACUCGACGAUCCUGUUGGUGAGCACGAUGGAAUGUUCUGUGGCAAGCGAUUCUUCAGUUGUCCGGAAGGCCAUGGUCUCAUCGUGCCGGCUACAGAGGUUCAACUCCUGGCUACUAACGACGGACGACAGAAGAGGGUUGGACCACCAAACUCUAUGGUGUUGGGGAGUGAAAGAGAGAGAGUCGGGCCGUUGGCACGCAGGGAGAGAGGACUCGAAUCAAUGCUCAGCAAGCCAUGGGCCAGGAACAGGAUCAGUGCACUUUCAGGAGCCGAGAGCUGCCGAGUCAGAGAUACACCUACCCCAAAUGGAUCAUCACUAGCCAGUUCCCGACCAGCGCAGGCUGCGAUGAGCGAGAAGACGAGGAAGGGUGCGGCGAUUGGGGGAGCUCCUGCUAAUUCGUACAGCAACGAGGGGGACAUGUUUGUGGAGGAUGUGGAGAGAGACACUGGCUCGCCCGCAGUGGGGAGAAGAGCGUGGAGAAGUGUGCCUAUCAUGAGGCACAACUGAAUCAGGAACAACUGAAGCGAGAAUUUCGAGAGCGAGUGAAAUCAUCACAUCCACUACCGUUGAAAAGUCGAGAAUCGGUGGCGAUCCGGGGGAGCGGGGUGGACCUGUUGGCAGCGGUUCAGUUGUCACUCAGUCUCCAGAGAAGAGAAGAAGCAAAUACACCUCAUCGCAGUUUUCUGGGUUGAGCGGAGCUCUGCACAGCAACCUGGGAAACUCUGAGAGCCAGGAAAAAGACGGCGAAUCGUCGACGAACUCAGAUAGAACCAAUUCUUCUACUGCCGUGAAAAAUGUAGAGUCGUCACUGGCUGAACGACAGGGGAAGCCCCGUUCUCCCAGCGAUUGGACGCGAUCCAACUCUGAGGCCGUCGUCAUCCAGCAGUGUUGCAAAGUUGACUCAACAGUUGUUGAAGCACACACUCCUCCACAAAUUGAGUCGUUUGAAAGCCGUGAUGAGGUAGAACUAAUCUUCUCCCCCUCCUCCUCCUCCUCUUCCUCCCUGCCCCCAGCUCCACCUGGAACCAGUGUUAGUAGUAGCAGCUACGUGAACCAGGCUUCAGCCAUCAGUAAGCAAGACUCCCUCUCCAGCUGUGCGAUGUCAUGGAUACCGUCCUCUUCUUCUCGCUCCCUCCCAUCUCCCUCCGUUGAGCGAGAGGCAGCUGCUAAAGCCGGCAGCACCCCCGAUCGCGAUGUGCCUUCCCUCACUAGAGGAGUCAGCAAGGAGCUGGAGGGAGACGUGCGUGUGCGGAUGAUGACGUCAACCUAUCAUAAGCUGAGGAAGGCACUCAAGAAAGGCAUGAGGGAGAUGCAAUGGCAGAGGAAAAUACAAGAGAUUGAGUCAUGUGGGCUCUAUCCAGCACAGACAAGGAGGUGCGGAGUAUUGCGUGAGAGUGCUGAUAUGAACGGAAAUGCAGCUGCUAAAUUGAAGAAGGAAUCCUUUUCGUUAAAGAGGAGGAAGGGAACCAAGCUGGCAACCGUUGCAUCAGCCCAAGCCAAAUUAGAGCUUGAAGAAGGCAAAGGAAACAUGGUGCACAACGAGAUUAUGAGCUACCCAUCGUCUGCUGGUAGUGGCAAGAUCAGAGACAUCAAGAAAAUGGCACGCAACAUCUUGAAGAGAACAAAAACUGAUUGAGUUUUGUAUAUAUAUACAUGCACUUUUGUGAUUGGAAUUUUGCGGUA